AUGGGCGUGCCUGGCCCUGAGCCGAGCUUUAUAUUUGGAAACCUCCUGGAGAUCAAAAGGCGGCCUCCUGCGCCAAGCGACGAAGAGGAGCAGGAGGCUGCGGACGUGUCGGUCAUUCAGUCCGGGUUUUACAACGGAGCCAUCCCCUUCCUCCUGGUGGCUGACAUCGACCUGCUGAAGAAGAUUGAGCUCGAGGACUCCGACGCUUUCCUGCAACGAGGGAAUGUGUUCGAGAUCGAGCCAUUACCGGACUAUCGUCACAAGAUGAUCGUCACCGCUCCCGUAAGCCGCUGGCGGGAGAUGCGGGCUGUGCUGAGUCCGGCCUUCACCAUCAGCAAAUUAUCGCAGAUGUUUGUCAUCAUGGACAAGUGCAGUGACACCAUGAUGGAGAAGCUCGAAGAGAAGCGGAGAGCCGCCACAUCCGUGGAGGUGACGUCAACCUUCCGACGCGCCACCAUCGACACCAUGUUUAAGGCAGGCUAUGGUGUCGACCUCAAGGUUCAAGAUAGCCCGCCCGGGGGAUUCUUCGACGAGCUUGGCAAAGGCGCUGAUCAGCUGUUGCGGUCCGUGCCACUCUGUGGUGUCAGCUUCCUUUCCAACUGCUUCCCGGAGUUCUACCACUUCUGGUACCUGCUCUCUUGGCUCACGUCACGACUCGCGAUGCCCUACGUCAAGCUGACUACGUUGCUGAUUAGCCCUAUCUUGAAUGAAAGAAAGACGCUGAAUUUGCGCGAGAGGGCUGACGUGUUGCAACUGCUGCUGAACAAGGAGAGCAGGGGACAACUAUCCUUGCGCGAAGGUCACGGUUUUGACGGGAAAACGAAGCUAGCGCUAACCAAGGACGAAGUGGCGGCGAACUCUGCAUUCUAUCUCAUCGCUGGUAUGGAAGCCACCCCCAACACGAUGGGCAUGACUCUGCACCUGAUUGCGCGACAUCCAGAGGUCCAAGACAAACUUCGUGCGGAGAUCUUGCGUGUGCUGAAGAGAGAUGGCAAGUUCACGCAGAGGAAUGUCUCGGAGAUGACUUAUCUGGACAUGGUCUUGAACGAAAGCAUGCGAUUCUACCCUGGAGUAGUUGGGUAA